AUGACGCAACAAGAACAGGCAGAAGAAGGUGCAAGGUACUUUGUUGACUUUAUGCAAUCAUGUCCUGGUAAAACCGCCAUGGCAGGAGCCAGUGGUUUCGCACUUGGUGGGUUCUUUGGUUUAUUCAUGGCAUCCAUGUCCUAUGAUACACCCUUGGGUACCGACGCUGUCAAACAUAUAAGUGACCUACCAUUCAAACAACAAAUGAAGUUGCAAUUUGCCGAUAUGGCCAAAAGAUCUUACUCCUCGGCUAAGAAUUUUGGAUACAUUGGAUUGGUUUAUUCUGGUGUUGAGUGUACUAUUGAGAGUUUCCGAGCCAAGCAUGAUUUAUACAAUGGUGUUACAGCAGGGUGUAUAACAGGUGCAGGAUUGGCCAUCAAAGGUGGUCCACAGGCUGCAUUUAUUGGAUGUGCUGGUUUUGCUGCUUUUAGUUUGGCAAUAGAUAUGUAUUUGAGUAGUGAUGCUGCUCCACCACCAAAGAAUGAUUACGAUCUAUGA